UCUAAAAAUGAUGACCGCUCCUCCUCUGACUCUGUUUCGAGACAUCAGGAAGACAGCACAUCGGAUGCGGGAACAAGUGGAAGGGCAAGUCCAGAGAGGUGGAAAGAUGAAGACCUAGGGUGGUUCCCGAACCCAAAGGGCGAAUAUUCUGAAUUCUCCAAUAGUAUUCUGCUAAAAUUCUACUUGUCAUGUUGGACCACUUGUCCCUACAAGGAACGCUUUCGCCGCUGUUUUGUGACUGAAAGAAAGCGCCAGUCCCGGAAGUUUGCGAGGCUCUGAAAGCAAUAAGUUUUGCGUAAUCCAGCAAACGCAGGAGAGCUUUAUAUGGAGUAAAGGCGAAUGUCGUGUCAAGAGCGAAAUGGCUAACUGUUUAAUUUGGCGAGAAGGAUGAGAUAAUAGCGCUCCACUUCCAACUCGACGACCGUAUUCCGACUUUAUCAAGCUACUUCAUUUCCAUUAUCUCUCUUGGAGUGAAACCGCCACCGAUGACCGUGAGCCAGGCGACUUCCAGCCUCGAACUCAGAUUAAGCGAUUGUUUAAAGGAAGUAUAUUAGUCAGUGGAGAUAGUGAGGUCAUUACAGAGUAUUCAGAUAAGUAA